UCUGAAGUACAAAGAUCGCCGUAUGUUAAUGUAAUCGUUUGGUAUAUUUAAUUUUGCCUGGAUUCCACUAUGCUGACGUCUUUGGUUUAUCCCGACUGUAUUUCAAGUGGUCAGUCCGACGCUGCGAUAAGUAACUAUUCUUUCUUCUCUUCCGUCAUCUCAACUUGUUGUAGAGUCAACCACUGCAGGGACAAUGACUCAAGACACAUCUCCAGGCUGUGUAAGGGCUAUUUGACCAAGAAGCAGAGUGAUGGAGUGCUGCAUCAGAUGACCUGGCCGCCACAAUCCUCCAACCUCAACCCAAUUUUGAUGGUUUGGGAUGAGUCUAACUGCAGAGUGAUGGAAAAGCAGCCAGCAAGUGCUCAGCAUAUGUGGGAACUUCUUCAACGACUGUUGGAAAAGCAUUCCAGGACUUUUAUGAAUACCGGUAAGCAACAAAAGCCAGUGCUAACAGGCCAGCGGUUCAAGACCAGGAAAAGGGAUGAAAAGGAGAAGUUUGAGCCCACAGUUUUUAGAGACACAAUUAUUCUGGGCCUCAACGAAGCAGGAGGGGACCUCGAUGCUGUAGCCAAGUUCCUGGACGUUACCGGGUCCCGACUCGACUACCGUCGCUAUGCCGACACUCUCUUCGACAUCCUCAUCGCGGGGAGCAUGCUCGCUCCCGGUGGGACGCGCAUUGACGAGGGGGACAAGACCAAGGUGACAGAACACUGUGUGUUUACCACCAAGGAGAACCAUGCCAACCUCCGCCACUAUGCUCAGGUUUUUAACAAGCUUAUCAGGAGGUACAAGUACCUGCAGAAUGCCUUCGAGGAGGAAAUCAAAAAGCUUCUGCUGUUCCUGAAGGCAUUCAGCGAAUCAGAGCAGACCAAGCUGGCUAUGUUGACUGGUAUCCUAUUGGCUAACAGCACUCUGCCCCCACCCAUCCUCACCAGCCUCUUCAGUGACAAUGUUGUCAAGGAAGGUAUCUCUGCAUCCUUUGCGGUGAAGAUGUUCAAGGCAUGGAUAUCUGAGAAAGAUGCCAAUGCAGUCACCUCAGCCCUGAGGAAGGCUAACCUGGAUAAGAAACUCCUGGAGUUGUUUCCUGCCAACAAGCAGAACAUGGAGCACUUCUCAAAGUACUUCAAUGAGGCGGGGCUGAAGGAGCUGUCAGACUUUAUGCGUGUGCAGCAGUCUCAGGGAACACGCAAGGAGCUGCAGAAAGAACUGCAGGAGCGCCUCUCUCAGGACUGCCCCAUACGAGAGAUGGUGGUGUACGUGAAGGAGGAGAUGAAGAGGAGUGCUCUCCAGGAGCAGGCUGUGAUUGGUCUGCUGUGGAACAUUCUCAUGAAUGCUGUGGAGUGGAACAAGAAGGAGGAGUUGGUCACCGAGCAAGCCCUCAAACACCUUAAACACUAUGCCCCCCUGCUAGCAGCGUUCAGCACCCAGGGCCAGUCAGAGCUGGUGCUCCUGCUGAGGAUCCAGGAGUACUGCUAUGACAAUAUCCACUUCAUGAAGUCCUUCUCCAAGAUAGUGGUGCUCUUCUACAAAGCUGAUGUGUUGAGUGAGGAGGCCAUUCUGAGGUGGUACAAAGACACUCACACCACCAAAGGGAAAGGUGUCUUUGUCGAGCAGAUGAAGAAGUUUGUUGAGUGGCUGCAAAAUGCAGAAGAAGAGUCCGAGUCUGAGGGAGAGGAGGACUAGCAGACCAACCCAACAAGGAGUCUAACUCUGACGGCUGCUGCAUCCUGUGGCCUGUAUAUGUCAAUCAGCCUGUAGUCCCCAUCUCGUAUUUUUAGAAGAUUUGCUAGACUAUCAUAUUAAUGUGGUUCCUGAUACAUUCAAGAUAAAUACUUAUCCAGGCAUUGUAAGAAGUAUGAGAUAAUGUGUGCUGUGUGACUGCAAUAAAAAACAACCUGGAACACACCCAUCCAUAUUACCGAACCGACCAGGGGUCCUAGACUCCUCAAUCACAGUGCAACCCUCAGUGAAAAACCACGGGACCUCCCGACUCAACUUCAGGAGGAUAGGAGACUAGAUGUCAUCUAUCAAUAAAAACGACCUGGGACACGCCCAUCCAUAUUGCCUAACCGACCAGGGGUCCUAGACUUCUCAAUCACAGUGCAACCCUCAGUGAAAAACCACGGGACCUCCCGACUCAACUUCAGGAGGAUAGGAGACUAGAUGUCAUCUAUCAAGACCACCCAUCUGUGAUAUUUAAGCUUUUUUUUUUUUUUUUAAGGAUUGGAUUAAUUAGAGGUCAGUCAGUGAACUCCCUUUACCAAUGUUGUUCAGGUUUAGAGAGGAAGUCAAGACCUCAAUAUGCAGUAGAUUGUCAUCCUCGUUUUAUGAAAACUCAACUUUGUGUAACUUGGCAAUGCUUUAAUCUUUUUAUUAAUAAAGUGUUUUAUAUGUAUUCACUGGUUUAGUAUUGUUUCUGUGUUGUAUUCUUAAAUAAACUUAAGUAAAUAAGG